UUUUUCUUUUCUUUACUCCUCUUUUUUUUUUCUUUUUACUCAUUAUCUUAAAACACUUGUUUUUAUUCUUUCCCCUUCUUUUAUACCUAUUCUUUCUCCCUAAAAGUCUUUUUUUUCCAUUGUAAGACUUUAUAUACUCCCUUGUCUUUGUGUAUACCCUUCAAACUCAUCCAUACAUUCAUUCCCUCAUUCUCUCUAUCUCUCUCUCUUUUCCUCUGGUUUUUCUUUUUUCUUUCUAUUCUUCUUCUUCUUCUUCUCUCUCUCUUUCUUUUUUUUCUUUUUCUUCACCCCUUACUUGAUAGUUGUGAUACCCUUUUUUUUUCCCUUUUCUUUAUCAAUAUACUUUUCUUCUUUCCUUCCUCUUUCCUUCCUUCCUUAUACCUAUAUUUUUAUUAUUAUUAUUAUUAUUAUCCUGUAUAUAUUCCAAACUUCAAGUUACAAUGAACAAAUUAUUACUAGGGUCUUCUGUUGAUUAUUAUCCCAACAUGUAUUCAGAUCCUUGUUUUUACACUACACAACAAUCAUUCCCUUUACCCAAUAGUCCAGAAUCAUUUUCAUCCAACAGAACACCUAUCCCAUUAUCUCCAUCAACAGCAAUGUGUUCUAUGGAUACACCACCUGUUCUUCUCGCAUCUUCCUCUACAACUACAACAACGUCAAGUACUACUGCUGACUCUUCUUCCGCUCAACUACUAAAUGAUAUCAUCAAAUCUAGUGAACCAACCACAUUUUACUCAGAAUUUCAAACUACUACAAACCCACAACAGCAAAAUCAACAAUUUCAUCAGCAUCAUCAGCAUCCAAUCAAUCAUCAAGAGCAUCAACAACAGCAUCAUAAACAGCAUCAUCAACAAAAUGAUCAUCAGCAAAAUCAACAACAACCGCAGCAACAUCAAAGAAAAAAACAGAGACGUCAAGCAUCCAUUUCAUCUUCAACAUCAAAAACACUUGAUACUUCUACAGCAUUGACUUCUCCUUGGUCUCUGACUUCAGCAUCUCCCUCUUUAACAGCAUCACCAGCAACUUCUCUCACCAAUUCAUCAAUGCUACCCUAUGAAGAACUACCAGCAUCUACUUCCGCCGUUGGUUUUACCACAACUCCACAUUUAUCUCAAGAAAAAGAUCAUGAGCUGGAUUCAUCAUCUUCACCAUCCUCUCCUCCAGGUACCUCUUCUACUACCAAUAACGACAACAAUGAAAAAUCCAAUAACAAUACAUCCGAACUUCGGCGUCAAAUCCAUAUACAAAGCGAACAAAAACGAAGGGCACAAAUUAAAUGUGGUUUUGAAGAAUUGCGCAAUGAAUUACCUACAUGUUUGAAUAAGAAAAUGAGUAAAGUGGCCUUAUUACAUCGAACUGUGCAACAUAUUCAACAUUUAAAAUCAACUCAAAUGACCAUUUUGGCUGAAUUGGAACGACUGGUACAAGAAAACGAACAACUCAAACGAUUUCAACAAUCAGUUUUACAAAAACAAGUCAUGGAAAAUAUGUACCCAAUACAAUAGUCUCUUCCUC